UGUCCGAUCUGCGUUCUAGCGACAUGUGUGUCUGAAACUGCGGUGACGUAUGGUGCUGUGGCUCUGCAAGUGGAUAGUAUUGCCGGUCUGCAGCAAUACCCUUCGACAAGUGGAUACACUACUCGAGAAACUACCGGAAAACGUAUCAAUCACUUUUAUCUAACCAAUCGUCUACAGAAAACAACUGUCAAUCAUUCUCCCAUCAUGAACUGCGCACGCGCCUUCCGCCUACCUCCACCAUUGGUUAAUUUUUAGGGAGUCAGUUGAAAGCUGGCGGCAGUUUGUGAAGUUGAACAGGACACACUUUAAGCAUGCAGGCACCAUCCAGUUACGAAGGCAGAUUCCUGAAAAAGUCGCUUGACUUCGGUGAAUGCGUUUUCGAACACCACACCACCGAUGUGGCGUUUAUCGGUAUGUCUACGGACUCGAAGGAAUACAUGGAGCAGACAGCGGUUUCUGUAGCGCGCAAAGCGGAAGACGAUGAAGUGCAGAGCGUUGGCGAAACCUUUUCCAUAAUGAACAGAAGUGCAGACGAGAACUCUGGCGAGCACACACUGCCCCUUGAAGACAAACUCGCGACCAGAGACAAUGUCAUCUUCCUCUGCGCACAGUGUAAAAACAUAUUUGGGGAUUGCCUGGCUGUGUGCGGGGAAGAGAAGGAGCUGCGGGUUAUCAUCCUUGUUGCUGUGACAAAAAAUGUGAAGAAAGACUCCGUGCUUCAGUUUGGAGUUAAGGGAAGACUCUUGGGAUGCGUGUACAAGCAUCUUGUGUGUUCUGGCUGCGGUGACUAUGUGGGAAUAUCCAUUUGUUCUUCGACUGACACACUUGCUCAAAUCAGGGAUUACUUUCUGCUCUUCAAAGAAAAAGUUAAUUGUUAUGUUUUUCAGUUGAAGGAAAUGGUUCCAGCUUCUGAUAUGGAAUUUUCAGUUCAGAAAUAUAAGAAUGUUCUGGCAAAGCUCCAGUUGGAAGCCUCGCUUAUGGAAAAAAGAUUGACGGCUUUAGAAAAACGAGCCAACAUAGUCAUCUCAGAGCCUGCGGAGAACGACUUGAAAAACUGCCCAUAACCUGCAUAUUGGUAAAAUGUGAAGCUUUUCAUUGAGAAAGUCUCAGUCUUAUUGUAUUAAAUGCUGUUUGUUCACGUAGCUUUAUUAAAAGAAAAACAAAGCACACAUUUAUGUAGGGAAUCUUUUGCAACACUGUAUUUUUAAUACUGUACUUUGGAUGGGACGUCACUGGAAUUGUUGCCUCGCCUCUCAGUGUUGUGUUUCUCUUUUAUUUUAUUGUUCCAUUGGCACAAUCUGCUGUUUUUGUUUCCAACUAAAUUAAAAAGUAGAAAAUAAAAAUCUCAAAACCAGAACCAUUGGCUAUACUUACUGUCUUGCAUGGUAAUAAGUGAGAGGUGAGAGCUCACAGUUCAAUUACUAGGAUCCUUGGUAUCGUGCAGUUUAAAGAUAUGCAGCUGUAAUCGCUCAAGUGUCAUUGCCUGAUCAUCAGCUUGUGAUCAAAAAUAAAAAGUACAGCACUGGUCAUUUCUUUACUAUACAAAGGCCUAAGGAGUUCCAGCUUUUCCAUAGCAGCUGCACUAUAAAUUGGACUGUUGGUCUUAUAGUAAUAAUUGACCAGCAGCUGAAUUUGUUUCAUGUCCCAAUUGACAACUGCAUGAAAUCUGUAUUUUGGUUUAAUGCAAUAAUUUACAAGCAGUUUGUUAUUAAAGGUAGAACAAAAAAGGAUAACCAUCCAUUAUCCAACCCGCUAUGUCCUAACUAUAGGAUAACCAUAGAUGUGUAAUUAACAAUUCAUGACAUUAUUGUAUGUGGUACAAGGAUUUUUUAAUUGAAUAAAGCCCAUAUGGAUAUCUCCAAAAUUUUUAGUAAAGGCAAAAUAUUAACCUGCAUGAACUUUAGAACUGUAGAUACUGGGUUCACUGAAUUGAAAAGAAUGACUUUAAUUGAUAAAAUAUACUGUGCGGCAUUAAUAGAAGGUGUCCAAAAUCCUAGUGCUGGACUAUCACUAUAACAAAAAUGUUUUUUUUUUUGCCCUGGCUAUUUCUUUCUCAAUUUCUAAACGUUGCUUAUUGUCAUCAAGAACCUUUACUGUUCAACGGUCAAUUCAGAUACCAUGCACCAAUGAACCUUCUCCAUUUGUAUUCAGCCCUGGCUUGAUGGUAUCAAAAUGGCCACAAGCUUUCACUGCGAACAAUUUGCUCAUUAUGUUUACUGUUUUAGAAAUGUCAGAUAUCUCAGUGGCUUUUUCAGUCACUAAACUUGUGCAAGGCCAAGAAUUUGACUCCCCUGUACAAAUUAAGCAUUUGUCUACAGUGCUGUGAAAAAGUAUU